AUGUUGCUCGUCCCAUUCAAUAAUCUUCACAUUGCAUAUGAACCCAUCACAAACGAGAAGAUUGAAAUCGAGUCAAGUCAUCUCCAACCAGAUCCCCUUUCCCCGCAACGGGACACCCGAUUUGGCUUCCGGUCUGUCAAAUUUGGGCUCAAUUGCGUCCUGGCCCAGACUCCCGCCUGGCAGGUCACACGACAUAGCCAACGAGCCUUUUUGUUUUCUGCAGGAUGCCCGCAAGCCGACGGGUAG